UCGUGAUAAAGCAUUAAAACAUGUCAAAUUUUAUCAUUUGCAGAUUGAAGGAGUAUGGAGUAUAUUAAGGGUUUGAGUCAAAUUGGUAGAGGCCUGAAGACCUGUGAUGACAUCUUUCUGAGGAUCAAUUAUCUCUAUACUCCUAUAUUCCUAAUUGGGACGGCUCUAUAUGUUACAAUUGCCAUCAACUUUGGGGAGAAGAUACGAUGCUGGACUCCUGCCCAUUUCACCCAUGCUCAUGUUGAUUAUACCAAUGCAAAGUGCUGGCAUAGCAAUACAUAUUACACCCCAUUUGUCCAGCGUAUUCCAAUGGAGAUGGAUCUGCAGCGGGUCACAAUCGAAGCCAAACACCGUCAUGUUGCAUUGUAUUUUGUAUAUAUGGCAGGCUGUUUCUUUGCUCCCAUAAUUCUCUGGUGGGCUGUUACUGGAAAAUCUGGACUUGAUGUUGAUGCAGUGAUCAAAGAUGGUUCAAAGCAGAACAUUCAAACUUUUGUUGAUAAGUUUGGAGAGUAUAUGAAGAAAGCAAAAUCCAACCCUGUUGUGAAGCUCUGUGCUUACUGUACAACCUUCUAUGGUACUUAUCUGGUGCUGGUCUUUGCUGCUGUAAAAUUGAUCUAUGUUAUCAAUGUAAUUGUUCAGCUUCAUAGAGUCGAUGAAUACCUUGCUGACAACAUCAAUGUGAAUGGAACAAUGAUUAAAAUCCGAGGAAGUUAUGCGGCACAUGUUCUGGUUGAUUUAUCAACAUGGCAGGGAUGGACAUCUGGACAUCAGACAUUUCCAGAUGAAAUCCUGUGUGAUUAUAGAAUUCGAAAACUUGGAAACGUUGAACGUUACACAUCACAAUGUAUACUACUUCUGAAUGAAAUGAACCGGAAUAUUUUUCGUGUUGUUUGGAUUUGGCUUUGUGUCUUGAUCCUCGUUAACAUAUACAGCUUUCUCUCGUGGAUAAUCGCAACUUGUAGAGGUCACAUGACAUCCAUUGUCUCUAGAGGUCUUAUGGCAUCCCAGCCAGGCGGUGCCGACAAUGCAUUUCUGAUGAAAGAUGGCGCUUUCCUACUUGGAUUGAUUGAUCAGAAUGCUGAUAAGGGAGUUGCUGCGAGUGUUAUUGAAGCAUUGCUGAAACAACAAAAGGCAGAAGAUGCACCUCCUGAGAAUAUUGGAGGACAUCCACCACGACCACAAUCUGUUGGUAUACAAAGACUGCCCGAGGAACAACAUGGACCUAACUAUGAGGCCUAUGGGGCCUAUGGGGAAGCAGCUCCUCUGUACACAGCCCUCGACAAAGAUACAAAACUUUAAAACAUUGUAUUAGUUAUUGACUGUUAAUCGCUCCAUCUUUAGAUUUUAUUGGUCUGAUGCAUUGUUUGACCUGCAAAUGUCUUAUGACAUAUAUGUACAUAAACUGAAGAAGAGAGAUAUAGAGUUGCAAUAUUAUAAUUUGAUGUCCUACAAUAGCAAUAUGUUUGUCUCAUUGUGCAUAUUUAAGAACAAGACAUUGUAUAUUGUAUUAAAAAACUAUGAAGAGCAUAGGAACCCAAGAAUAAAUAAGAACCCUUUCAUCAUAUGAACUAUAAACAUGAACAUACAGUAAGAAUAUAAUGUACACUUUAGAGAAAUGUAGUCAUUUUAGAGUAAAAUAUUUAGCAUUGAAAUUUU